CACAACGAGGACUAUAUAACGCCGUUUAGAUACGCUGUAGGCCGGGACCUGCCCCAUUCCACUAUCGACGAACUGCUUGGACUGAAAUGGCCUCUGCUUGCUCAGAACCAACAUGAUCAGGAGUUAGCAGCAGCCGCUGCUAUACGUAGACGAGGCAGAAAUGGAGCAACUACUGGUUUAUGUGAGAACCAGACUCUUGCGCUCUUCGAGGAGAAAAAAAAUCCAGAAGAGGAGAUUGAGGCGACUUUUACUAUGACUCAUGCAGGUGGCUCUUCUGUCGAUAAUAAUUUGCAUGACCAAAAGGACCACCAUACUUGUGAUGUAGAGAAAAAAAAUGCUAAUGCGAAAGGUCCACGGGGUCCUGAUCAGGAGAGAGGUACUCAUGAUCGUCUACAUCGUUGGUGGCCCCGUCCCGAAUACCGGUUGCCUGGAUCUGGUAUUGCUACUAACCUGUUCAGUGCACUUCAGGCAAGACGACUUCCUGUAUGCUUGCUCAAUGUGUUUACUUCACACGGCGACAACCGGGAGAAGGCAGUUAUGAUGCUCGAGCGCAUAGUUGCUUGGCUUAAGUUGACUCCUACUGAAGGGACAGAAAAUAAACAAGCAUUGCCGGAUAUCAACAAGUUAGAAACUCAAUCAGGUAGACUUUACAAAGCCUUACCUGGCUCGUUUUGGAGGACACCCGCAUCAUGGAAAAUGUUUUAUGGCAGUGAAAUUAAUUCUUGUAUGUAUUGA